AUGGCCGCGGCACGUUUUUGCAUUGGUGGCACCAGUCCCAAGGCGAAGGCUUCGGCUACCAGUGCUUCGACAGGAGCAACAGAGCUUUCGAUUGCAGAGAUCAUGACUGGCAACAUGCCCUUACGUCCCGUCAGCUGCCGUGGCCGCAUUCAUGCGAUCUACGGAGUCCAGCAGCGGUGGCCUGUGACUAAGCUCGUUCUUUCAGAUUGUCCUCGCGAUGGUUCUGACAGUGUUCAAGCCAUCCUGGUGAAGCUGAACGCCAAUCCCAAGGUUGAGCUGGCCCUUGACAUGAUGAUCAUAGUGGUCAAUGCAGAAUGCAGGCCCUUGUGGCGCGGCACUGCCAGUGGCCAAAUCCCCGAGGAUAACUUGGGCCUUGACCUUGGCGAUCGAGAGCUGUCAUGCAACCUGCCUACAGGAGGCAAACGCAAACAUGGCAUUGAGAGCACCAUCCGUGUGUUGGAAGAUGACCAGCGAUUUCCGACGGCCACUUUUGAUCUCUUGAACUCCACCCCAGUGCUUCCUGAAGAUCUGGAUGGGCAGCAUAUGGCGAACGUACAGGUGAAAGUGUUGGAGAUUGGGGAGCUUGCAGGUGGUGAGCGUCCGAAGAAGAUCAUCCGAGUCUGCAAUGCCUCUGCUGCAGAGGAGGAGAGCCCGAGUGGCUUGGUGUUGGCUUCAGGCACCUACGACGUUGCCCUCUAUGACAGCUAUGCCACCUUGCCAAGCAUCACCAGUGAUGCGACGCUAGCCAUCCUUGGUCUCCAGGUGCAGAAGCAGGGGUACGCCGUGUACGCGGCUUCGUCCAUGAUUGUUCGAUGCUAG